AUUAUUCUCAAGUUAGUGGUCAACGUUAAACUUUGGGUCCCGACCGCCAUUUGAAGAGCCGGUUUCUCCAUCGUCGUCACUCGUCAUUCGUUUGUUUGUCUCUUCCGGAUAGAUAUAUAAAUAAAAAUGUCCGAUAUUUUUUUAAAAAAUUACAUUAGUUUUGCUGCGUUUAGUAUUCAAUUUCAUCGACCCAAAUCAAAAUCUCUAUUCAAUCCUUUUCCUUCUUCUUGUUGCCCUAGUACGAGAGGACCGGGAAGGACGCAAUAUAUAGGAUACUAGAUAGAGAGUGACUGAAGGAGAGAAAAACAAAAAUGGCGAUUGUUUCCGUCUCUAACUCUUUUCUCACUUUCAAUUCUCCCAAUCAGCUCCGAUUUAGCCGAAGAAGAUUCUCUGCCAUGGCUUCUUCAACUACUGGAGUGAGAGUCGCUGAAGGAGAAGGCAAUUUGCCAAAACUUGUCCUUACUUCUCCUCAGAACAGCGAGGCUGAGAUAUAUCUCUUCGGAGGCUGCAUUACUUCUUGGAAAGUUGCGAGCGGUAAAGAUCUUCUUUUUGUCAGACCAGAUGCUGUCUUCAAUAAGAUUAAGCCCAUUAGCGGAGGGAUUCCACAUUGUUUUCCACAGUUUGGACCUGGGCUAAUUCAACAGCAUGGGUUUGGAAGGAACAUGGACUGGUCUGUUGUCGAUUCCCAGAAUGCAGAUGACAAUGCUGCUGUUACUCUUGAGCUUAAGGAUGGUCCCUAUAGUCGAGCCAUGUGGGACUUUGCUUUCCAGGCUCUAUACAAGGUCAUUGUUGGCGCGGACUCCCUUUCCACUGAGCUAAAGAUUACAAACACAGACGAUAAACCAUUUUCUUUCAGCACUGCGUUGCAUACUUACUUCCGUGCUUCUUCUGCGGGGGCCUCCGUGAGAGGUCUAAAGGGUUGUAAAACUCUCAAUAAGGAUCCAGACCCUAAGAACCCAAUAGAGGGUAAAGAAGACAGGGAUGCAGUCACUUUUCCUGGAUUUGUGGAUACCGUCUAUCUUGAUGCUCCCAAUGAAUUGCAGUUUGAUAAUGGCUUGGGUGAUAAAAUAAUCAUCAAAAACACAAAUUGGUCGGAUGCGGUCUUGUGGAACCCGCAUACUCAGAUGGAGGCUUGUUACAGAGACUUUGUGUGCGUGGAAAAUGCAAAGCUUGGGGAUGUCAAGCUAGAGCCGGGACAGUCUUGGACUGCAACACAACUUCUCAGCAUCAGUUGAAAACAUUGUACUUUAAACUUAUAAUGUCCAGUGGAUCCAUUUUCUUAAGCAAUAAAAGUUUUAUUUCCUCUCCCAAAUUUUACCAGUAGUCCCCACAACUGCAUUUCCCAUCUCUGAAAUGAUGGAACCUUGUCCUAUCUCUCAUUACAAUAUCCCUCUUGUAUAUCUUAGAGAUGAGCUUCGUUACUUUGUGACAAUCUUUGCAUACUCGGAGAUUCUUCAUUAUACGAAUAAUGGUUCCUGGUUUAGUCUUGAUUAACCCGUAUGUAAUAGCCAAUUUCUCGCUAUGCUGAUGCACAAUAGCCUCUCUUUCAUCAUCAUCAACUAGAUCAAGCAGCAUCUCUUCUAACUCUGGUACGUACCCGUUUUCCUCAAGUUUCCUUCUCAUGAUUCUCCAUUUAGAUUGAAUUUUCUCUAUCUCUGGGUGUGAUCGGUCUCCCGCUAAAAACUCGUGUGUGGUCCCUUCCAAGCUAAUUGUACUACAUCCUGGAACUUUUGCUACUCCUUGUUCUUUCAUCAAUCUUCUUGUUUCAGCUGCUUUGUCCCACUUUUUAUCCAUAGCAUGAAUAUUUGCCUUAUGAACAUAUCUUCCGCCAUGAUAUGGAUCUAUUGCAAUUAAGAUUUCUCCAAUUUCCUCUCCCAAUUCGAUGUUUUUGUGAAUUCGACAGGCUUUGAGCAACGCACCCCAUAUCACAGCAUUUGGCUUCAAUGGCAUCUCCUGAAUGAAACGUUUUGCUUCAUCAAGCAAUCCAGCUCGACCGAGUAAAUCAACAAUACAGCCAUAAUGCUCGAUGGUCGGUUUCAGGUUGUAAUCUCUCUCCAUGCUGUAGAAUAUCAACUUUCCUUCUUCAACUAGUCCUGUGUAGCUGCAAGCCGUGAGAACCGCAGUGAAAGUGAUCACAUUUGGCUUAAUUCCCAUCUUUUGCAUCUCCAUGAAUUUGCUAAUAGCUUCUCUUCCAUGGCCAUGGUAUGCAUAUCCUGAAAUCAAAGCUGUCCAUGCUUGCACUGAUUUUUUCUUAAUAUUCUUGAAAACUUCCAAAGCUUCUUCCAUUUCACCGCACUUUGCAUACAUAUCUAUAAGAACACAACCCAAAACAGAGUCCAUUCUGAUUCUUGUCUUAUUAAGAUAGGAAUGGAUCCAUUUCCCUUGCUCGAGUGCUCCGAGCUGAGCACAAGCUGAGAGAGCAUUAGCUAGGGAAACAUUAUCAGGCUCAACAUCUGAAUUCUGCAUUUCAUGAAACAAUUGCAGAGCUUCCUUGUUCAUGUCUGCUUGAACAUACCCAGAGAUCAUCGUAGUCCAUGAUAUAGCAUUCUUUUCUGCCAUUUUCCUGAAUAACGUUAAUGCAAUAUCCAUUUUUCCAGCUUUUACAUAACCUUUGAUCACAGAGUUCCACGAGACAUCAUCAGGUUCGGGGAUUCUGUCAAAGAGAAGGUGAGCUAGCUUGAAAUUCCCGGUCACAGCAUAUGAAUUAAUCAGAGAAUUCACUGCAUAGACAUCAUUUUCAUAUCCAAGUUUCGUGAUCUGUGCGUGAAUUUGCGUUGUUUCUUCAAAUGCAGAUAGGUUCGAACAAGCUUUGAGAAGAGACGGAAAAGUAUACGCGUUAUGAGGAGCUGAAGAACAGAGCAUACGUUGAUACAGGAGAAGAGACCUCUCGGGUUCGUCUGAGCACGAGAACCCUCUGAUCAUUAGGUUCCACAAGAAAGUAUCUGGUCGAUCAAACCCGUCAAACACAAUCUGGGCAUAAGGCAAAAAGUCGGAAGACGUUGAAGAAAUGCAGAAAGAAAGAAACUUUGUGAUUGCAUAAGAAUCCUGCAUCAAGCCAGUUUUCAGCAUGCGAGCGUGGAUUUGCUUCAGUUCUUCUUGCUUUGAGCAUCUCUGGAGACAAGACAUUGUCUCGUAGAGAUUAUGUUCCAAUGAGAAGGAGCAUGAGAUCACAUUCAUUGUAGUUCAUUCGAUAAAACAGAGAGACCUCUUGAGAGAUAAGGUUCUUCUUUGGUUGAUGUUGAUGAUAACUAUAUUCUCAAUUCUCA